CUUCAUGAGUUCCUCACAUGGCGCUCUGACCUUUCCUGCAAUUGUUUACACUUAAACCGAAUCUUCCCGAUCGAUUUCUGUCAAUUUGUCGAGCUUUUUUCAGCAAUACCUGCAUUGGAUUAGCCUCGCUGGUUCGAACACAGUUGCUCUUCAGCUCUGCAGGAGAAUGAGCAAAAGGAGGUUGAGCUCAUUCGUGUUUGCUUCCUGGUUCUGCAUUCUUACAGCUCACCUGAAAUUGGUGCGGUGCCAAUUCGGAGAUUUCAGUCCACCGCAGCUGCCAACCCCGGCGGCGCAAGGUUUCCUGACUGAUAUAGCUUACAGCAAUCUCGAGAAUUUCACCUCCGAAGUUCUCUCGAGUAAAUUCGUCCGAGAUUACAGCUUUUGUGUUCAGAAUCCGGAAGCUGAUUGGAAUCAAGCUUUCAAUUAUUCAUCUGAUGUGAGUUUUUUGACUGCUUGCCUGGCAAAAUUUGGAGAUGUUACUCGGCGGUUAUGUACAGCAGCAGAAGUAGGAAUUUACUUUGAUAAUAUAAAGAAUGGGGGAAGCCUCAAGCCAAACAGGAACUGUAAUUCUUCACAUUGGCUUCCUGGCUGUGAACCAGGAUGGGCAUGCAGCGCUGAUAGUGACGAGCAAGUUGACCUGCAGAAUUCUCGAGUGGUACCUGCUAGAGGAUCUGACUGUGGGUCUUGUUGCGAAGGUUUCUUCUGCCCAAAUGGCAUCAGUUGCAUGAUCCCCUGUCCAUUGGGUGCCUAUUGCCCACUAGCUACCCUGGAUAAGAACACUGGCAUAUGUACACCAUACUCUUACCGGCUUCCAGCGGGACAGACAAAUCAUACUUGUGGUGGUGCAAAUGUGUGGGCAGAUGUUAGAUCAAACAGUGAGAUAUUCUGCUCUGCUGGUUCAUAUUGUCCUACAAGUACUGAGAUAAUACCUUGUGGCAGUGGGAAUUACUGUCCAAUGGGAUCCACAGAUGAAAAACGAUGCUUCAAGUUGAUUUCAUGCGACUCAAAAUCGGAGAAACAGAAUAUUCACGCAUAUGGAAUAAUGCUUAUUGCUGCAUUGAGUACUCUCUUGCUCAUUAUAUACAAUUGUUCCGACCAAAUUCUCUCUACACGAGAAAGAAGGUAUGCUAAAUCCAGGGAAGCAGCUGCAAGAACUGUGAAAGAGAAGUCACAAGCACGCGCAAGGUGGAGAGCUGCAAAAGAUGCUGCUAAAAAGCAUGUUGUCGAAUUACAAUCUCAGCUAUCGAGAAAGUUUUCCAAGAAGAACCUCGAAGAAUCAGAGGAAGUUAGAAUUUUGGGCAGAAAGGACAGUGAGAGAGAAGAUGAUUUGUAUCCACCUAUGUUGCCCAUCUCCGAGAUAUCAGCUUCUGCCUCUGGAGUAAAAGCAACGAAUCCAAGCCAUCAUGUGGAUCUGAGGUACAAUAAGCAAGAUGACAGCAGUAGCUUCGAUGAUUUUUAUUCACAUUCUGGAGAUGAACAUAUGCAAAAGAAAAUUUCCAAAGACAAAGAAAUCCAUACCCGUAGCCAGAUUUUUAAGUAUGCAUACUCACAGCUUGAGAAAGAGAAAGCUCAGCAGCAACAAAACAAGAAUCUGACCUUUUCGGGAGUACUUACGAUGGCAACAAACAAUGUGGUUCAGAAAAGGCGGCUGAUCGAAAUUUCUUUCAGGGAUCUAACAGUCACGCUGAAACACAAACAUAAAAAGCUUCUGAGGUCUGUUACUGGAAAGAUAAAACCGGGUCGCAUCACGGCUGUCAUGGGUCCUUCGGGGGCUGGGAAAACUACAUUUCUUUCUGCUCUGGCUGGAAAAACAGUUGGAUGUACUGUUAGUGGCACAAUCUUGAUUAAUGGGAAGACAGUUUCGAUUCACUCCUACAGAAAAAUCAUUGGUUUUGUGCCACAAGAUGAUAUUGUUCAUGGAAAUUUGACUGUGGAGGAAAAUCUAUGGUUCAGCUCAAGAUGCAGAUUGUCUGCAGAUUUACCCAAGCCAGACAAGGUUCUUAUAGUUGAAAGAGUUAUCGACUCCUUGGGGCUACAGGGAAUACGGGGUUCCUUAGUCGGGACAGUGGAGAAGCGAGGUAUAUCCGGAGGCCAGAGGAAACGGGUGAAUGUUGGUCUUGAGCUAGUAAUGGAACCAUCAUUGCUGUUCUUGGAUGAACCGACAUCUGGGCUUGAUAGCUCAUCUUCACAGCUCCUUCUAAGAGCACUCAAACGAGAAGCUCUAGAAGGCGUAAAUAUCUGCACAGUUGUCCAUCAACCAAGCUAUACAUUGUUCCAGAUGUUCGACGAUCUUAUACUACUUGCGAAAGGAGGGCUAACUGUAUAUCAUGGACCUGUAAAGAAAGUCGAAGAAUACUUUGCUAAUCUUGGUAUCGUUGUUCCAGAGCGUGUCAAUCCUCCGGAUUACUAUAUCGAUAUUUUGGAGGGGAUGGUUAAGACUAGCUUGAGCUCGGGAGUAAGUUACAUCGAUCUUCCUAUACGAUGGAUGCAGCACAAUGGCUAUCCUGUACCCCCUGAUCUUCGGACGACAAAUUCUGCUGAAUCUGCUGUCAUGACAGAAAGUAUUGACCAUGAUCAUCAAGAUCCUGGUUUUCGGGACAAUUCUGUCACGGAAGAACAAUCAUUUGCCGGCGAAGUCUGGCAAGAUGUCAAAGUCAAUGUCCAGCAUCACAGUGACAGGAUAAGACAUACAUUCUUGAAGUCGACCGACUUGUCCUACCGAAGAACCCCGAAUAUCUUCCUACAGUACAAGUACUUCCUUGGCAGGGUUGGUAAGCAGCGAUUACGAGAUUCAAAAACACAAGCCAUCGAUUAUCUGAUCCUGUUAAUAGCCGGGGCCUGUUUGGGUUCCCUUACUAAAGCAAACGAUGCAACGUUUGGUUAUGGAGCUUAUACAUAUACGAUAAUCGCUGUCUCACUCCUUUGCAAGAUUGCGGCGUUGAGAUCAUUCUCUCAGGACAAGUUACAAUACUGGAGAGAAAGCGCAGCCGGGAUAAGCAGCCUCGCACAUUUUGCAUCCAAGGACACAGUGGACCUAUUCAACAUUGUGAUAAAACCCGUAGUCUACCUCUCGAUGUUUUAUUUCUUCAGCAACCCGAGAUCAUCCUUCGGAUAUAACUAUUCCGUCCUGCUCUGCCUCGUCUAUUGUGUGACCGGCAUAGCUUACACACUGGCCAUUUUUCUCGAGCCCGGUCCUUCCCAACUGUGCUCAGUGCUGCUGCCUGUGGUGCUGACCCUCAUUUCGACGCUCUUGAAUGCGAGCAAGUUUGUGAAGGAUUUAGCCAACUUCUGUUACCCCAAGUGGGCUCUCGAAGCAUUCGUCAUUGGAAACUCUGAACGGUAUUAUGGCGUGUGGCUCCUCACUCGUUGCGGCGCACUUCAAAGGUACGGCUACGAUGUUCACCACUGGGGUCUCCGGUUAGCCUUUCUGAUCCUCGCCGGUGUCGGAUUUCGCAUCGUCGCUUUCGUCGGAAUGCUUAUCUUCCAGAAGAAGUGAUGCUUAGAACAACUAUCAUGUCAGUGACAGUGACAGCUCCUCCGGUCACCGUACGUAACUCUUAUCACUGGUGUGUGAUAUUGAAGCAAAUUCCAGUGUCUGCAUUUUGCCCUAAUUUGCAGUUGGAGAGAGGAAGUUAAUUAGUAAACCCUAAUUUUUGGGGAUUUUGGGAUGGAGGUGUGUUCGGUUGAUCUGCACCGUUGGAUUGGAUGAGAGUUGAGAUGAAGUUGGACUUGGAUAUUAUGUAUGUAUGUAUAUUUAAAUCACAUCCGUAUAUAUAUAUAUAUAUAUAUAUUACGU